AUGAGCAGGUCCAGCUCCCAGAUCUGGACCUGUGCGCGCUGUCUACGGGCCCAGAGGCUGCGGGGUCGCUCUGUCGAUGGCACCAGCAGCAGCAACAGCAGCAACAGCUUGAUCCCUCGCCGCGGACCACGCCGCCACGCUUUCAGCACCACGGUAUCCCGACCCGACGAUGGGUCUGCAGGCCCCAAGCCCGAGAGCCCGCGCUCUACGAUAAGCCCGGACGGCCAGGAUGGCGAAGAACACCAAGGAGCCAUGUCCCGCCGACUGGCCGAGAUGGCGGAGGAGACGAUGGACACGGGUAGCAAGAGUGAUCGCAAGUUGAUGCAAGAGGCCGGGUUCUCGGAAGAGUUGAAGAAGCAGCUGGAAGAGCGGAUUGCACAGACGAGCGGUGCGGCGCAGAAUCAACAGGCCGCGAGCCAAAUCAAUAUGCCUAAUGCCGCAGGAAAGGGCACGCGCGAUAUCGCAGGCGCAGGACCCUGGCGAGGUUCAGAGACCGUUCACAACUCGGUGCUCCGCAUGCUCGACGACGGCCACAAGAAACUGCGGUCUCCCCCGCGGACGCCCUCUCUCGCUCCCAAAGUCAACCUGCGGCCGACGCCCAAGAAGAACAUCUCGGCGGCCGACCGACUGGCCAGCGCGCGGGACAAGACGUCCAUCUACGCCAUCAGCCAGCAAAGCGACAUGACGGAGCAAGAGCGCGAGAAGUGGCGCAAGGAGCUGAAGGACCGGUUUUCGCCGGGGGCGCGACCGAUGCCGACGAGCAUCACGGGGCUGACGAGCCUGGCGAACGAGCGGAUCGAGGACGCCAUCGCGCGGGGCCAGUUCAAGAACAUCAGCCGCGGCAAGGGCAUCAACGUGGAGCGCGACUACAACGCCAACUCGCCCUUCCUCGACACGACCGAGUACUUUAUGAACAAGAUCAUCCAGAAGCAGGAGAUUGUGCCGCCCUGGAUCGAGAAGCAGCAGGAGCUGGUCAAGGCCGUGGCCACCUUCCGGAGUCGCCUGCGCAGCGACUGGCGCAGGCACGCCGCCCGCUCCAUCUCCAGCCGCGGCGGCACGGUCGACGACCAGGUGCGCCGCGCCAAGGGGUAUGCGCUGGCGGAGGAGAGGGUGAAUCCUCGCCCGGCCAGGAGGGUCGAGAACAUCAGCAGCAUCGCCAGCGACGGGAGCUUGACGACCGUAAGUGUCGAAGAGCGGCUCGCCGCGGGAGUGCCUGUCGAGGCUGCAGAAGGGGAGCAGGUUGAGAUCAGAGUCACCGAGCAGCCCGCCGAGAACGCCCCCAUUGCGGAUUCCUCGAUGGAAUCGCCGGCGGCAGCAGCAGCAGUAGAAGCGGCAGUUGAUACAGACACGAUCUCUACUGUAUCCGAAACGCAGGCGCCCACACCAUCACCAUCACCACCCUCUUCCCCCUCCCCCUCCUCCUCUACGUCACCAUCACCCUCCUCGCCCGACCAAGUCCUCCCCAUGCCCCGCCCCUUCCGCGACCCGGCAUGGGAACAAGCCGAACUCGCCUACCACACGCUCGCGGUGGCGAACCUCAACGCCCUGACGCGCUCGUACAACCUGAUGGCACCCAAGAUCGCCCAGAAGCCGUACUACACGCUGGAGCGCGAGCUGCGGCGGUGCUUCGCCGACGUGGCGCCGCAGCUGGCCGACGCGAUCCGCGAGCGCAGCACGCGGCCUCCGUCGAAAGUGACGCGCGUCGUCGCACGGAGUAGGGGGACCACCACCGGCGGAGUGCUCGAUCGGCUCGGCGCCGACGAGUGGACGGGCCAUAUGGGCACGAUCCGCGACGAGAGCGACGACAAGAGUUACGGCUUCAAGCAGUUCUGGCGCGACUUGUUUGGCGGUGCUGCUGGUGGCGAGCAGAAGACGGCGACUGCAUCGAGGCAGAGACGCAAUGUCGCGUAG